AUCUCCACAGAGCUGGCUGACUGAAGGAGACUCAGUGACACUAAGCUGUGAGGUUACAGACUCCUCUACAGACUGGACAUUCAGCUGGUACACAACUGUUCCCUACAGAGACAGCUUAACUCAAAUAAAAAAUAAUCGUGGCUAUAUCAUGUAUGUGGAGCUCCUCUCAGACAGCAGCAGAGGAUCUGGAGGCAACUACACUCUCAGUCCUGCUGCUCUGAAUCACACAGGAGUUUAUAUGUGCAGAGGAGAGAGAGGAGAACCAGCCGUUCAUACACAGUACAGCAAUCCACAGCCACUAUGGAUCACUGGUGAAUCUCCUCCAGUAUCUCUGAUCAUCAAUCCCAGCAGAACUCAACACUUUACUAAAGACUCUCUCUCACUGAGCUGUGAGGACCAGAGAAACUCUACUGGAUGGACAGUGAGACGAUACACACACAGUGAGGGAGUGUUAGAUUGUUCACGGUGGGGAUCAGUUACAGGAUCUACAUGUAAAAUCAGCUUCCUCUCCACAUCCCACACUGGAGUUUACUGGUGUGAGUCUGAAUCUGGAGAAAACAGUAAUCCUGUCAACAUCACAGUGCAUGGUGAGUCUUCAUGUAGUGUGUUUAUUGGGAAAGGAAAGGGGAAAUGUUUAAUCACAGAAUAUUCAGAACUCUGA